GGUUUUGUUAUCUCCUCUCCUCACCACCAAAAAUCCAUUCCACCCCAUACCCAUCCCCACCUUUCCUCUCCUCCUAUUCUCUUCUUCUCUUGUAGGAGUCCUCUUCCAAAUCAAAUCAAAUCUAGAAGAAGAAGAAAUCGAGAUCAAAUCGAUGAACCUUUGGACGGACGACAACGCGUCGAUGAUGGAGGCGUUCAUGGCCUCCGCCGACCUCCCGGCCUUCCCGUGGGGGGCGGCCUCCACCCCGCCGCCGCCGCCGCCGCCGCCUCACCACCACCACCAACAGCAGCAGCAGCAGGUCCUGCCGCCGCCUGCAGCAGCUCCGGCGGCGGCGGCGUUCAACCAGGACACGCUGCAGCAGCGGCUGCAGUCGAUCAUCGAGGGGUCUCGGGAGACGUGGACGUACGCCAUCUUCUGGCAGUCCUCCAUCGACGUCUCCACCGGCGCCUCCCUCCUCGGCUGGGGCGACGGCUACUACAAGGGCUGCGACGACGACAAGCGCAAGCAGCGCUCCUCCACCCCCGCCGCCGCCGCCGAGCAGGAGCACCGCAAGCGCGUCCUCCGCGAGCUCAACUCCCUCAUCGCCGGCGCAGGCGCCGCCCCCGACGAGGCCGUCGAGGAGGAGGUCACCGACACCGAGUGGUUCUUCCUCGUCUCCAUGACCCAGUCCUUCCCCAACGGCCUCGGCCUCCCCGGCCAGGCCCUCUUCGCCGCCCAGCCCACCUGGAUCGCCACCGGCUUGUCCUCCGCCCCCUGUGACCGCGCCAGGCAGGCCUACACCUUCGGCCUCCGCACCAUGGUCUGCCUCCCCCUCGCCACCGGCGUCCUCGAGCUCGGCUCCACCGACGUCAUCUUCCAGACCGGGGACAGCAUCCCCAGGAUCCGCGCCCUCUUCAACCUCAGCGCCGCCGCCGCCUCCUCCUGGCCCCCCCACCCCGACGCCGCCUCCGCCGAUCCCUCCGUGCUCUGGCUCGCCGACGCGCCCCCCAUGGACAUGAAGGACUCCAUCUCCGCCGCAGACAUCUCCGUCUCCAAGCCACCACCCCCGCCGCCGCACCAGAUCCAGCACUUCGAGAACGGGAGCACCAGCACGCUCACGGAGAAUCCCAGCCCGUCGGUGCACGCGCCGACGCCCUCGCAGCCGGCCGCGCCGCCCCAGCGGCAGCAGCAGCAGCAGCAGAGCAGCCAGGCUCAGCAGGGCCCCUUCCGCCGGGAGCUCAACUUCUCCGACUUCGCGUCCAACGGCGGCGCCGCGGCCCCGCCUUUCUUCAAGCCCGAGACCGGCGAGAUCCUAAACUUCGGCAACGACAGCAGCAGUGGCCGGAGGAAUCCGUCGCCGGCGCCCCCGGCCGCCACCGCCAGCCUCACCACCGCGCCGGGGAGCCUGUUCUCGCAGCACACGCCGACGCUGACGGCGGCGGCGAACGACGCCAAGAGCAACAACCAGAAGAGGUCCAUGGAGGCCACCUCCCGCGCCAGCAACACCAACAACCACCCGGCGGCGACGGCGAACGAGGGGAUGCUGUCCUUCUCGUCGGCGCCGACGACGCGGCCGUCGACGGGGACGGGCGCCCCGGCCAAGUCGGAGUCGGACCACUCGGACCUGGAGGCGUCGGUGCGGGAGGUGGAGAGCAGCCGCGUGGUGGCGCCGCCGCCGGAGGCGGAGAAGCGGCCGCGGAAGCGCGGGCGGAAGCCGGCGAACGGGCGGGAGGAGCCGCUGAACCACGUGGAGGCGGAGCGGCAGCGGCGGGAGAAGCUCAACCAGCGCUUCUACGCGCUGCGCGCCGUGGUGCCCAACGUGUCCAAGAUGGACAAGGCGUCGCUGCUGGGCGACGCCAUCUCCUACAUCAACGAGCUCCGGGGGAAGCUCACGGCGCUGGAGACGGACAAGGAGACGCUGCAGUCGCAGAUGGAGUCGCUCAAGAAGGAGCGGGACGCGCGGCCGCCGGCGCCGUCGGGCGGCGGCGGAGACGGCGGGGCGCGGUGCCACGCGGUGGAGAUCGAGGCCAAGAUCCUUGGGCUGGAGGCCAUGAUCCGCGUGCAGUGCCACAAGCGGAACCACCCGGCGGCGCGGCUGAUGACGGCGCUGCGGGAGCUGGACCUGGACGUGUACCAUGCCAGCGUCUCCGUGGUCAAGGACCUCAUGAUCCAGCAGGUGGCCGUCAAGAUGGCCAGCCGCGUCUACUCGCAGGACCAGCUCAACGCCGCGCUCUACACCCGCAUCGCCGAGCCUGGCACCGCCGCCCGGUAACUCAACUCUAGCGAGGAAACCCAAUCGAUAUACUCUCUACUCUCCCCAAGCCGGCGUAGCCAUGGCCAGAGCUUCAGGAAUGCCAAGAAGACGACGAGACGAUGAUCAAAUCAUGUUGUUGUUGUAAAAUUAAGUUUAAAGAUCUGUGUUAGGAUGGAUGGAUGGAUGGAGAGGAUGAUUGAUAUCAACUCGCAACUCAAGCUGAAGCUGCUGCUGCUGAUCGUCGUCUUGUUUUUGAUACUGAUAGCAGCGGUUGGUAUUUCUUUUCUUCCUUUCUUUGUUAGCAGGAAGGAAGGAAGGGAGGAAAGAAAUCAUCGGCGAUAUGUUGGUCCUUGUUAAUUACUAAACCUAAAUAUGAUAGACUUUGUAUAUAGGAUUUGGUAUUGUACCAUCAUCAUGCCAAUGAACAAGGGAGGAAGGAAGGAAUACAACAUGUUGUGGUGUUUUUGAUCUCGUAAAAAAAAUAAAAAAUGCAAUGGAUAUGCUCUUUUUUUGCUUGAUCAA